AUGAACGUCUUCCGCAUCCUAGGGGACGUAAAACUGCUGAAGAUCCAGAAAUCCAAGUCCUGUGCUGGCAUCUCUGGGAAGAGUCAGAUUCUUUUCGCCCUCGUCUUCACAACCCGCUACCUGGACCUGUUCACCACCUUCAUCUCUGUCUAUAACACGGUGAUGAAGGUCAUUUUUUUGAUAUGUGCCUACGUCACUGUGUACAUGAUCUACGUGAAAUUCCGGAAAACAUUUGACAGCGAGAAUGACUCCUUUCGCCUCGAGUUCCUGCUGGUCCCUGUCACAGGCCUGUCAUUCCUGGAAAACCACAGCUUCACGCCCUUGGAGAUACUCUGGACCUUCUCCAUCUACCUGGAGUCCGUGGCUAUCCUUCCUCAGCUCUUCAUGAUCAGCAAGACAGGGGAAGCAGAGACCAUCACCACACACUACCUUUUCUUCCUGGGCCUCUACCGCGCUCUCUACAUUGCCAACUGGGUCUGGCGCUACUAUACGGAGAACUUCUACGACCAGAUUGCUGUAGUUUCUGGAGUGGUACAAACCAUCUUCUACUGUGACUUCUUCUACCUCUAUGUUACCAAAGUCCUAAAAGGAAAGAAGCUAAGUCUUCCCAUGCCUGUUUGAAGACAUUUCCACAGACAAUGCAAGAAAUUGAAAAGAUGAAGCUCUUCACCACAGCUUUCCUUUCCUGGCCCUGACUAACGGAUGGCUCAGCCAAGUUUUGCUCC